GGGAGGGAAAGAGAGAGAGGCUGGCUCAACGGCUGUCUGGGUAACUAACAACACGCCUGUCUCCAAGGCAGGGGGAGGAGACAGAGAGGGGCAGAAAGGAAGGGGGAGGAGAGAGGAGGGGAGAGAGAGCAGCCUGGACCCAGUCUGCCACUGGCCUUUGGAGUUUCUGAAUCACUGACGUUUCUUUGAAGCUCUGAGGUGUUGUGUUGUCUCUGGAUGCUACAGUUCACCAAGAUGGAGUUCCUUCUGGAUUCUGGAUAGUCCUGACAGUCUCCCUUCACUCUGCCCUCUCCCCAGCCCCCAGCCUCCAGCCUGCAGAGUCCCUCUCGUGUGGAUCCAGCAGAGGUUAGGGAUAGGGGCUUGUUCCCAUGGCGAUGACUGCCCUGUUCAAGUGGUGGCCCAAGGCGCAGGAGCCGGCGGCGAAGAGUCCUUCUGCCGCGCAGCCGGCACACAGCCGCGAUGAUGAAGAUGAUGAAGAUGACACCGGGAGCGGGACCGGGAAGGAGUUCAUCCGACGUAACUCCCGUUUCUACCGGUCCAUGAGGAAGAAGAAAUUAGCGUCCACAGAACAGAGCGACAUGUCUCCCAAGUCAGGGUCAGAAUCCAGCAGCUCCAGCAGGUCCCGCUCCCACCUCAGCCCCCCUGCAUUGCAGAAACCCCCCAGCUCCCCCCUGACCCGGCGUUUACCAGCCUCUCCUAGAAUACACCAUUCCAACACCGGGUUGCCAAGCAACGGGGACUCCAGGAGCCCACGCUCUGCCUCCGACAAGGCCCCGGCCGAGGGAGAGAGGAGAGAAGGAGGAGGGGCCGGGGACAGAGGGAGGAGAGGAGGAGAGAGAACGGAAGGAGCUGCUUCCUCUGUCUCCAGCGGUCUGUUUGGAGUCUCUCCUGCCGACGCUGGACUGUUCUACCGGACGCACGCAGCUCACAGCAGAGACAUGGAGGGCCUAUCACAGCGCACUGCCACAGCCUGCUCCCUAGGGGGGGCCGGAGGGGACACACAGAGCCCCCGAAGACCCAGCACAGAGCGGGCCAGCCUGGAGGGGGUGAAACUCAGAAUACUAAACAACGGAGAGAGCUCUUCUCAGAUGAAGAUCGAGUCCAUCUGCCACACCCUGAACAUCGUCAAAAACAUAGCCUUCCUGUACCAGGAGUACCGGGACACAUCCAAACAGCAAGAGAUCGAGCAGCGUCGGCAGCGUGACGGGGGUAACGUCUCCCGGCCCGGGGGCCCAGGGGGGGGCGGGGGGGCCACCUCGCCCCCGGCCCUGCAGCUGCAGCUGAGGAACAACACUCGCUCCCUCAGCCUGUGGCAGAACCUGGAGGCCGUGCAGCACAGCGGGCUGCUGGAACUGCUGCCCCAGAGGGAGAUCAUCAUCCAGGAGGCCAUGUUUGAGCUGGUGACGUCUGAGGCGUCCUACUACAAGAGCCUGGAGGUCCUGGAGACUCACUUCCUGCGGAACCCGGGGCUGGUCAACACUCUCAGCCAAUCAGACAUGCACUUCCUGUUUUCAAAUAUUGAAGAGGUGAUGAAAGCCAGUGAAAGGUUCCUGAUGGACCUGGAGAACCGCAUUGAGCAGUCGAUCCAGAUCUCCGACGUUUGUGACAUCGUCUGCCUCCACGCCAGGGAGCACUUCCACGUGUUCAUCGCCUACGUCAUCAACCAGGUCUACCAGGAGAAGAACUACCGACGCAUCCUACAGGGAAACCAGGCGUUCCGUGAGACCAUGGCUGGGCUGGAAAACCACUCCCGGGUCCGAGGCCUGUCCUUCACAUCCUUCCUCAUCCUCCCCUUCCAGAGGAUCACCCGGCUCAAACUGCUGGUUCAGAACAUCCUGAAGAAAGCGGAGGAGAGCUCAGAGAGGGAGGCCAACGCCAUCAAGGCUCACCAGCUGCUGGAGCAGAUUGUGAAGGAGUGUAACGAGGGUGUGAGGAAGAUGAGUCGCACCGAGGAACUCAUCAGCAUCGAGAAAACACUGGAGUUCAAAUCCAAGUCUGUGCCUGUCAUCUCCCACUCUCGUUGGCUGCUGAAGAAAGGCGAGGUUCAGCAGAUGACCGGCCCCAAGAGCACUAGGACCAUGCGGAGCCGCAAGCUGUAUCAGCCCCUGUACCUCUUCCUGUUCAACAACCUGCUGCUCGUCACCAAGCGCAGCUCCAGUGGGGACAGGUUCCAGGUGCUGGACUCCUGUCCGCGGGCCAUGCUGAGGACGGAGGACCUGGAGGACCAGGGACAGCUGCUGGCCAGUGUCUUCACCCUCAAGCUGCUGGAGAACCAGGAAGACCGGCAGGUCAGCUACAUGCUCAAGACCAGCAGCAUGAGCGACAAGCUGCGAUGGAUCUGUGCUCUCACUCCUAACAGACGCACACGCUUCACAUCCACCAGCACCCACCAGGCUGACUCUCCCCAGGUGCAGUGUAUUCAGUCCUACAUGUCCCAGGAGCCUGACGAGCUCUCUAUAGAGAUGGCAGAUGUCCUAAACAUCCUGGAGAGGACGGUCGAUGGCUGGAUGAUGGGAGAGCGGCUCCACGAUGGUGAGCGGGGCUGGUUCCCCAGCCGUGUGGUGGAGGAGAUCCAGAACCAAGAGGUCCGAGCCCAGAACCUGCGCGAGUGCCAGCGGAUCCACCAGGCUCAGGGGGGCUCCUCCUCCGGACCCAGGGGGGGCUCCAGGGGGGCUUCCAGGGGGGGCAGGCGCACUCCCAAAGUCUCCAACUUCUUUGGUACUUGGACAGACCAGCCGGAAGACGAGCAGUGAACCUCCAGACCACAAAGCCAGGGUGGUUGUGUGGUUAGACAGGGAUGUGGUUUGAUUCAGGGAUUGCACCGACACAUGUAUUGUGCAUCUGAUUUUGUGCAUUAUGCCGUGCUGGGCUUGCUGGUUCAGAGCACUUACAAACCUGCAUGCCUAAUAUAAACUUCCUCUGAAAUGUUCUGGGACUGAAUUAUACUGCGACCCAGACCAGACCCAGGCUGGUGAUAAUCUACGCAUGAGAGAACCAGCCUGUUUGCAUGGAGAGCAUGUGAAUGUACUGUAACCAGCCUGUUCUCAUGGCUAGGUAUGGGUUAGCCUUCACCCUGUAACCACACCUGCUGCAUAGUCUAGUACUUCGGAAGCGCAUCGUUAGAGAAGCAAAUCGCCCUCAACAAUGACUUGACAAAUCCACACUUUUGUAAAGAGAGACCUGUCUGUACAGAAUGAACAAAACUAAAAAGCUAAAUAUAAGCCACCCAGUCAAGAAUGGAAAUCAACCAUGAAUGUAUCAAGAAUCUGUAUAUAAAGAACGUAUAAUUAUGAAAGAAGGAAGGUGCUAACUUUUGCUCGAGGGUAGAAUUAAGAAUUUCAGGACUUUCACACGUGUAUUUUGGAGUUAGGUCCCUUGCUAACACACACAUGUGCAACAAUCUUGCUUGACCAGUCCAUCACCAAAACAAAAGCAUGUGGAACACCCGAACAGAAUGUGCCAGAACACCAACCAAACCGGCACAUAAUACGCGUGUGUGUUGUGUUUAAGUUAUGUACAUGUUUAUAUUGUCAACCUUAACAAUGUUUAAUGAAGAAAUAAUUAUUACAGAAUUACUGUCUCAUUUCAUUUUGUAAGAUGUAAUUGUAAUUUAUUGUUUAUAAAAAUAGAUCUGAAAUGAAUUACUGUUGUUGUAACUGGGUUCAAACUGGUUUGACAGGUAGCUAACUUUAAGCACAGUUUUCCCAGCAAUUGUGUUGAUCUUGGAACAUCUGUGUGAAAAUCAAAUAAACUGUGAGAAAGACAA